UUUUUAAUUAUAUAAUCACUGUGGUAUCCAUUGGCCUUUCAUGUUUUGCCCAAGAUAAUAUGCUUAGACUAAAUGCACUACCUUGUCUUUCCACCAUAGUGCUGUGCUUUCAUCAUAUUUCCUGAGUGAGCGGCUGAAUGUCCAUGGGAAAAUUGGCUGCUUGCUGUGCAUCUUCGGUUCCACGGUAAUGGUGAUUCACGCUCCACAAGAGGAAGAGGUUGCUCCCUUGAGUGCAAUGGCAAAGAAACUCAAAGACCCAGGUAUUUUUCUACCAUUUCAACCGUUUUCUACCUCAUUUACAAGAGAGCAAUCACAGUAUGACACCUUAUAUUUCCAUUUUUGCUGUCUCUCUUAAGCACAUCCCAGGAUUCAUUGUUUUUUCUGUCUGCAUUGUUGUGAGCAGUCUGGUCCUGAUUUUCCUUGUUGCACCUUGUUAUGGUCGGAAGAAUGUGCUGGUGUACAUCCUCAUCUGCUCUGUGAUAUGUUCACUAUCUGCGUCCUGUGUGAGAGACCUUGGCAUUGGCAUCAAAGAGUUGUUCACUGGAACAACAGUUCUGAAAGAUCCACUGUUCUGGGACCUGCUAUGUCUUAUCAUCUGUGUCAGUAUUCAGAUAAGCUACCUCAAUAAGGCCUUCAACACCUCUUUAGUUACACCUAUUUAUUAUGUCUUCUUCACAAUAUCCAUCUUGUUUAAAGAGUGGCUUCGCAUGUCCAAUGAUGAGGCUGCUGGGACUGUUAGUGUCUUUCUUACCAUCAUCACUAGCAUCUUUCUUCUCCAUGCUUUCAAGGACAUCACUUUUAGCUUGGAUUCCCUCCCUCUUUAUCUGUACCUUGGACCUCAAGGCAGCACGUGGAGCCAACCUUACAUUGCUCUGCUAACCGUUGAGAGAAUUACUGGGGAUGAAAUCAAUCUGACUAAGGAAAAAAGUACAAAGGACUUUUUUCCUGAGAGUUCAGACAGGAAGAGCAAUGGCACAUUUAUUACCUAGCAUAAUACCACCUGCGUGUGGU